CCAGGAAUAUCUCGUCAGAACAGCGAGCAAUCAGAAGCAUGCGCUCAGGCGCAAGAUGCAGGAUGACAUCCUUGUCUCCUGGCGCUACCAAUGUGAACGAGCUCGCUCGACUGAACUUGAAGGCCGGAACUCCGUGCUUGUGGGAAGGGUCACUGACCUGGAGAACAAAAUGGUCUCAACACAGGAGGACUUGGAGGAAGCAGCCCGCCAGUGGGAGGAGCAGCGUUCUGCGCUUGAAGCAGACCGUGAUGAGUACAAGCGCCUCUAUGAGAAGUUCUUGGCUGCUCACGAGCGAGCCAUGGCAGAACUUGAGGAUACGCAAGGUACAGCAGAAGAUCAGGCAAAAAGGCUACAAGUUCUGAGCGUCGAGAAGAAUCGGCUCACAGACAAGGUCGAAGAACUGGAGGAUGACAAGAAGCGGAUGUCCAAGCAGCUGUCAGAGCUUCGCGACGAGGUCGCAAAGCUUAAGGCAGAACUAAGAAGACUUUCUGGUCAGCUACGAGAUGGAGAAGUUGCGCUUCUUCUUGCACGCACCAACGUCAAACGACUCCUUGCAGAAGCAAGAGGUUUGGAGGACAUUGCUCUCGAUGAGGAUGGGCCAGGAAGGCCAUCUUUGAGACGCCUGCUACGAGAAAGCAGCCAGCGCGAGGCUGAGCUACUUGACCGCCUGCAAGCGGUUCAAGCAGUGGCGGACGCACGGCGGUUGCGUUUGCUUGAGCUGGAGGGUCCGGGAAACGAACCUGACGCGGAGAAAGAGCCUGGCCUCGAGCCAUCGUCACAAAUAGGGAUCCUUCCUGCUGAACGACGGCUGCGCCAACAUCUUGAGCGCGAGCGUGAUGAACUGCUUGCAUUUACAAGGGAUCUUGACACGGAGUUGGUCAAGGUGAAGGAGGAGUGCUACUACACAGUCCAAGCCAUCAAGAAGAAAGCUGCCGAGGACUUGGAGGAUUUCAAGAAUACGGAACUCGCGAAAGCCAAAGCAGACUUCAAGCGAGAGGUAGAAGAGGUUCAGAGACAGCGUGACAUGUUGCGGAAAGAGGUUGAGGUUGGUGACGCUCUUGGUCCUCACUUGCCCACGCUGAAUCCGCUGUCUAUCCAGGAUGCUUCCAAGGUAUGUGGAUGCUGCCGACGUGCAAUUGUUUUUGAGGGCGCCAUCAAAGUUCCACCACCGCCUGUGUAUCCUCCUUGAGGAAGCAAAUGGCUCCGUGAGUUUGGUGCUAGGAGCAUGUUUGUCAAAGAUGGUUUCGAAUGACUUGAUUGUUCAUACAUCGUUAUCGUUGAUUUGUUCUUCUCAGGAUUGCCUGCAUGUUCUGUCCAAAGUGACAGCUUAAGAUUGGCUCACUGUUGAUACAGAAGUCAGACAGAAGUCUACCAAGUCCAAACGUUUCACCCAGGCCUUGCCUGGCUUCAUGUGAAGAAAAACAGAGAAGCACUAGGUAGUGACAUGUCGUGACAUGUCUUGACAUGUAGUGACU